GAGUCAAGAGGCGGCACGGUGGCUCGCUACCCAGCCGAGCUGGCUCUGUCGCCGCACCACCAGCUGCGGCUCUGGGACCUGCGGAUCGAGCCGGGGCCGGAGCCGCCCGGGGUAGGGCUCGAGAGAGCGGGCCCCACCAUGAGGCUCCAGCCCCUUGGGAGCCCCUGUGCUCCCCUGGCCCCGGGCUCACCGCGCUAGCCCCAGGCAGAGCAAGGGCAGGCGCGGGGCCAUGGCCAGCCACGUGGACCUGCUCACAGAGCUGCAGCUGCUGGAGAAGGUGCCUACGCUGGAGCGCCUGCGCGCAGCCCAGAAGCGCCGGGCUCAGCAGCUGAAGAAGUGGGCACAGUACGAGCAGGACCUGCUUCAUCGCAAGCGCAAGCAUGAGCGGAAGCGCAGCACGGGUGGACGUCGCAAGAAGGUGUCCUUCGAGGCCAGUGUAGCGUUGCUGGAAGCCUCACUGAGGAAUGACGCCGAAGAAGUUCGCUACUUCCUGAAGAACAAGGUUAGCCCUGAUUUGUGCAAUGAGGAUGGACUUACAGCCUUGCACCAGUGCUGCAUUGACAACUUUGAAGAGAUUGUCAAGCUGCUGCUGUCCCACGGUGCGAACGUGAAUGCCAAGGACAACGAGCUGUGGACGCCCUUGCACGCGGCAGCCACCUGCGGCCACAUCAACCUGGUGAAGAUCCUCGUUCAGUAUGGGGCUGACUUGCUUGCUGUCAACUCUGAUGGAAACAUGCCAUAUGACCUCUGCGAGGAUGAACCCACCCUGGAUGUCAUCGAGACCUGCAUGGCAUACCAAGGCAUCACACAGGAGAAAAUCAACGAGAUGCGAGCAGCCCCUGAGCAGAAGAUGAUUUCAGACAUCCACUGCAUGAUAGCAGCGGGCCAGGAUCUCGACUGGAUCGAUGGCCAGGGUGCCACACUGCUACACAUAGCUGGAGCCAAUGGAUAUCUGCGAGCAGCCGAGCUCCUCCUGGACCAUGGAGUGCGUGUGGAUGUGAAGGACUGGGAUGGCUGGGAGCCUCUGCAUGCAGCAGCCUUCUGGGGACAGAUGCCAAUGGCAGAGCUGCUGGUGUCCCAUGGAGCUAGUCUCAGUGCCAGGACAUCCAUGGAUGAGAUGCCAAUAGACCUGUGUGAGGAGGAGGAAUUCAAGGUCCUGCUGUUGGAGCUGAAACACAAGCAUGAUGUGAUCAUGAAGUCGCAGCUGAGGCACAAGUCGUCCCUGAGCCGGAGGACAUCCAGCGCGGGCAGCCGUGGGUGGUGCGUCGAGCCAGCCUGUCAGACAGAACCAACCUAUACCGGAAAGAAUAUGAGGGCGAGGCCAUCUUGUGGCAGCAGCGGAGUGCAGCUGAGGACCAGCGGACUUCAACCUACAAUGGAGACAUCAGGGAGACCAGGACAGACCAGGAGAACAAGGACCCGAACCCCAGGCUGGAGAAGCCCGUGCUGCUCUCAGAAUUCUCUACCAAGAUCUCACGGGGAGAACUGGAUGGGCCUGUGGAGAAUGGCCUCCGGGCUCCUGUCAGCACUUACCAGUAUGCGCUGGCCAAUGGGGACAUAUGGAAGAUGCACGAGAUGCCUGACUACAGCAUGGCCUACGGCAACCCUGGCGUGGCUGAUGUCCCCCCACCCUGGAGUGGCUUCAAGGAGCAGAGCCCCCAAACGCUCCUGGAGCUGAAGAGGCAGAGGGCCGCAGCCAAGCUGCUCAGUCACCCAUUCUUAAGCACCCACCUGGGCAGCAGCGUGGCCAGGUCGGGGGAGAGCAGCAGCGAAGGCAAGGCCCCCUUGAUUGGAGGCAGAACUUCCCCCUACAGCAGCAACGGGACCUCGGUGUAUUAUACAGUCACCAGCGGAGAUCCCCCGCUCUUGAAGUUCAAGGCCCCCAUGGAGGAGAUGGAGGAGAAAGUUCACGGCUGCUGCCGGAUCUCCUAGUGUCCUUGAACUGGAGGAGAGAGCUGCCUCGGAGAGGGGCCCCUGGAAUCCAAAGCCGGUCCAACAGCUCUGGCUGGCGAGGUGUCGGGGCAGCCGGGGAGAGGUGGGAUCUGCUUUCUAGAGGAAUGCUGACCUUACCUCAUGCCCAGCCGCCCAUAGCAUCUCCACUCCCUUCUGUGCUGCUUCCUUGCCUCACUCAAUGCCUGCACCUGAAGUAUAGCAGGCCGACUCACUCUGCAGUCUGAUUCAGGAAGGGUGGGCCUGGGAUCUCACUUCUGCACUUGGUAAAGGCUUCUUAGGACCAGGAAUAUCAACUCCCUACACACACACACACACACACACACACACACACACACACACACACACACACACAUACUCAAUUUAGUGUAUAAGGAUGUUACACCUGAGCUCUUGGGAAACAAAUGAGGCUAAGAACUUGUGGGUUAUCCCCAGAAAAUGAAUGAGUUCAAGACAGUCUUGGCACCACUGCCAACUGGCUUCCACUGGGGAGAGGCCUGCUCAGCGGAGACCCACAGCUCUGAAGUCAUACCAGGCUGGGUCACUAGCACACCUAGCAAGAGACAGGAAGUCCUAUGGGUUCAGGGAAUCCGGGAAUCCAUACGGAUCAGGUUAGUGGGCCCAGGCCUGCUCCCCACAGCCUUGCUGAGAGCUGUUCUCAUACAUAUGUCAAUAAGAAAGUGGAGAGUGUUCAAAGGUCAAACAGGAAAGCCAGGCCAUCCAUGCUUCUGUGGGAGCACAGGAGUCGGGUUGGGUGCAGCACAUUGGUAUUUUCCAAACUGUGUUUGGUAAAAGCGUUCUUUCAGGCUGUAAGAUCCCAGGUGGGAGGUUCCUGAAUUUGCCUUCUCCCAAGAUAGUGUCACACUUGGGUUUUAUUGUCUGGUAUUUGAGAAAUGAAUUUCAUCAGGAGCUUCCGUGGGGCUAGGGCUCCCAGGGAGAAGGUGAACGCAUUGCUGAGAACACCAUGGUUAACAUUGACAUAACAGCAUCCUAGCCGGUCUUUGUGGUUUUCCUGCUGUUUUGGGCCAGCCCAUCUCAGCCUGGCCUUCUCAGCCUGAGCCAUCCCAUCUUUCGGUUGAGGCUUGCACCCUGCCCUCCCACCUAACAGGAUUGAGUCUGCAGAGUGAAUGCUCAGGCCCACGCCCCUUCAAGCUUUGCCUUUUCUGUAAUGUUGUGUAAGACAUGUUUGCCAAGUGUCACUUGUCGGCUCUUGCCAGGAGGUCUCAAAGCUCCCAGCCUGCUGCUUCUGGAGUGGUCAUGCCCAAAGCUGCAAACUGAGGUGCCCGCGGCCACCAUCCUGUGCUGCAUUCAGGAGAGCAUGGCGUGGCUGGAGUUGGCUAUCAUCCCAGCUGUACAGCUUUGCUGCCCCUGUCUUCUUGAUGCUGGGAAAGGAAGCCCACACCACAUCACCACCAUGCUAUCCCACAAAACCGUUGAAAUUGUGCCCCGUACCUUGAGUGCGACACACUGGCUCUGCCAAAACCUUCUGGUGUAACUGGCAAGCUACGAGUUGGUUCCUUGCUCCGUGCUCUUUUUAUUUGUCCUCAAACUACCUCCUUAGAGCCCCAAGAGGGUCCCCACGUCAUUCGGAUGUAUGGGACAGAUACUUCUUUACAGCCCCCUAUGCCAUACCCUUAGUAGGUAGGCUUGCCACUUGUUGGUCUCUGUCUCCACUGUGGCCUCAGGGCCUCAGUAGACUAGAGAUGAAUCAGGACCUGACUAGAUCUGCAAGAUGCUUUAUUAGAACCAGGAGUGUGGGCCAGAGAGCACCCUGAAGGCUGCUGGAUGCAGAAGGAGGUGCACAACACUAGGUCAUCUCCACCCCAACUCCAGGACAGAUGGAAUCCGGCAUGGUGCAAUAACAUAAGAGACUAAAGACAGUUUCUGGGAUCCCUGGGGGCUCAGCUAGGCUCUGUAGCCCAUAGCUGAAAGAGGAGAUGGUCAAAACACACACCUGUGGCUUUAAACAUUUAGCUCUGACAGACACUGAAAUGCCUCUGGAGAUGAUUUUAGCCACAAGGUGGGCAGUUGCCCAGGCAGCCAGCUACAUACUCUUAGGAGUCAGCUGCCCAGGGUUUCUGAGCUCUGUGCUCAGGGGCCAGAGAAUGAAGGCAUUUAUUGCCAUCUCUGAGCCAUUCAGGCCAUCUCUUCACACCCAGCACUUCUUCCUGCCUCCUGGACCGUUCUUCUCUACCUGAGGGGUGGGAAACUCGGCUGCCUCCUGCAUGGGAGCUAGUCCCAGACGGUGUGGACUCAUGGGCUUUUGUUCAUGUUUUCCACUAGGGAUAAACAAAUGUUCCCUGUUCAGGCUCCAAGUCCCCAGGGCACUUUGUGACUCUUUGGAAUAUUGAGAGUCACAAUGAGGAACAGUCUCCAGCGCAUGAGCCAGGGCCACCCACCCAUUCACUCAUGUGAUCGAUCUAUUGAGGUGCUGAGACACACCCGAUGCGCUGUUAGUUUCAGCAGAUAAUGGACUAACCUGGCAGUGAAGACUUUGAUCUCUUGAGGACCGUGGGCAUCCCCGGACUCAUCUAUUAUUCUAAUCAGAGUGCCUCCAUGCCAGACCAGUGUCCCCCGUGCUUUGCCGCACCUGCAGUUCUUAAGAGUGUGAAUCUCUUUAUCUGGGAGACAGCUUUCUGACCACUCCUAGAUAACAUUUGCCACUAAGUGCAGAGGCUAGAUCUCAGGUACCAGGCAGACAUUAUACAGGUCCAUCUAGAUAGAGCCUUCAGAGGUAGCCUUCAGGCCAGCAUCCAUGGAGAACAAUACAACAGCAGUCUAAGGUCAGUGCCUGGAAGAACCAGAAGUCUGCAAUUUGCUGUCAAAUACAUCCCUAGCAUUUACAGUCCUCUCCUGCUUGUUUUUUGCUCAUGAAUCAUACAGUCUUCUCCCCUACACCACCAAUGGGUGUUGGGAGGGAGAACAACUACUUCUCUUCUUUUUUUUUUUUUUUUUUUUUUUUUUUUUUUAAAGAUUUAUUUAUUUAUUUAUUAUAUGUAAGUACACUGUAGCUGUCUUCAGACACUCCAGAAGAGGGAGUCAGAUCUCAUUAUGGGUGGUUGUAAGCCACCAUGUGGUUGCUGGGAUUUGAACUUCGAACCUUCGGAAGAGCAGUCGGGUGCUCUUACCCACUGAGCCAUCUCACCAGCCCACUACUUCUCUUCAAAUUAAACAUUUCCAUGUGUGUCAGCCUCUCUCCCUGGAAGAUGUGGAUCCAAGGGCUAGGAGAAGCCUGGCAAGGUUGACCAGAUGGCUCACUCCUACUGAAGACAUCUAUUUCCAAACCAGGUGCCCUGCAGUUCCCUGUGAGCUGUGGUUCCUUGCACCCACCUAUGCUCCCCAAACUAUUAGAAAUUGGUAGCUAUCACCAGAUUGUGAAUUUCUGGCCAGUAGCUCAGGGAAUUGGAAUGAAUCCUAAACCCAGGUCUACUGAAGACUUUGGGGACAUAAUUCUUUAUCAAAUAUACAGCAUUAAUGAAGCUUCUCUGUACUAUUUGAUUAACUUGUAGACUUUUGAGAAGCUUGCCAGAGUGUGUCCCUCAGCCAGGUGUAGUGGCACACAUCUUUAAUCCCAGCACAUAGGCGGCAGAGGCAAGUGGUUGUAUUUCUGAGUUCCAAGCCAGCCUGGUCUACAGAGUGAGUUCUAGGCUAGCCAGGGCUACUCAGAGAAACCUUGUCUCCAAAAAACCAAAUAAAAAAUAAAAUAAAAUAUGGCCUCUGGGUUGGGUUAACACAGUCUAGCUUUGUAACAAUGUGAGACUCUUGGUUCUUAGUGUUCUAUACCCUCUGGUUCUGGGCGUUGUCUCCCACCUGUUCUUCUAAAGCAGGAUAUUGGGAUAUUUUCCAGAGGGGCCAUCCUUACACGAUGUUGGGACUGUCUGAACUGUCGCUAUUUGUAGCCUGGUGAUAUCCCCUUCUUCCCCAGGGCACAGAAAAGCCAAGGGUCAUAUGGCCAGGGCCAACAGCUCCACUAAAGUGACCCACCACUUUUCUAGAAAGCCCGAGACCUCUCCCUUGUUGACCAGAGGGCCUGCUUCUCAUGGGCACUUCAAAUGCCACUGUGCGGGGCCUGGCUCUGCAUACCUAGGAAAAGUCUGCAGACACCCAGCCCUCCGCAAUAAUUCACCAGACCAGAAGCCACUGAUGUACAGAGAACACUUAAGAAAAAAAAAUGUAUUUUAUGUGAAAAAAAAGUUAAAACUCUGUAUACUGUAUCAGCAGCUUUGUGUAAAAAAUGGCAAUCAAAAGAGUCUAAUAUAUUUAAAACUUUUUUAAAAAAAUAUUCUCAUGGAUCUUUGAUAUCGUUCUGAAGCAGCUCCAUGCCUCCAAGAUGGGGUCUGACCAUGUCACCAAGGGGCCUGUGCCUCUGGAGUUACUUCCAGCUGCCAAGGCCUGUGACGGAAUUCAUUGCUAUGGAUUUUUAAUUAAGAUUAUUAAAUUCCUUUUAAUAACA